CAAUUGCUUUUCCUCUCAUCUGAUUUGAAUUCAUCAGCACUCUGCAGGCAGCACGACUUGAGGACAGGGCGCGCUGCGGCUUAGUGGUGUUAGCGCUGGCGGAUUCUGUCGGCUCAAUUGCGACCGCUCUCUAUCGGCAUCCUCGCUCCUUGUCCCGAGAUCAAGUUGCCUUCCCCGGAUUUCCAUGUUAAAAGUAAUAGUGCCUGCAUCUUGACGUGAACCAAACAUUCCGCACUUCUCCAAAGGGCCCAGAGACUCAACCCUUUCGUCUAAUCCCAACGGCACUCCAGAUGAACUCUCGCGUCAUUCCGAGGGCCUCUUUACGGAGGCUGGCAGCUAGCACGAAGCCAUGUGUGUCUGUCGUCUCCAACUCCAUCCGGAGUGCUGGGAGCCUUUCUCAGCGGCCCAAUUCUAAUUUCGUCUCAUUUCCUGGAGCCCUGAAGAGCUCCUUUACCAGUUCUCUCAAGUUCGAGACUCCCGACUCAUACACAGCCCUUCAGACCUAUCGAGUCGUGGAUCAAGAUGGUCAAAUCGUCGACCCCUCCUUCAACCCUGACAUCCCCGAUGAGACAGUAAUCAAGCUUUACAAGGACAUGCUGUUCAUCUCCAUCAUGGAUCUCAUCAUGUUCGACGCUCAGAGACAAGGCCGCCUAAGCUUUUAUAUGGUAAGCGCUGGCGAGGAAGCAGUGAGCGUGGGCAGCUCUAGCGUAUUAGACAGAGAAGAUGUCGUUUUCUGCCAGUACCGAGAGCAGGGAUUUUUCAAGGAGAGGGGAUUUACCACCGAGCAAUUCAUGUCACAAUUGUUUGCCAACAAGAAGGACUCUGGUCGGGGAAGAAACAUGCCGGUCCACUACGGAUGCAAGGAAUUGAAUAUCCACACUGUUUCUUCACCAUUGGCAACACAGCUUCCGCAGGCAUCGGGAGCAGCAUAUGCAUUGAAGUUACAGAAGCUACAAGAUCCCAACUUAAAGCCGCGAGUAGCGGUAGUGUUUUUCGGCGAAGGAGCUGCCAGUGAAGGUGACUUCCAUGCAGCGCUGAAUAUUGCCGCCACGCGCUCUUGUCCCAUUGUUUUCAUUUGCCGUAAUAACGGAUUUGCCAUUUCCACACCCACUCUUGACCAAUACCGAGGAGACGGCAUUGCAAGCAGAGGAAUUGGCUACGGCAUUGACACAAUCCGAGUCGAUGGAAAUGACAUUUGGGCCGUCAGAGAGGCCACAAAGAGGGCACGAGAAAUGGCUCUGGAGGGUGGUGGCAAGCCAGUCCUCAUCGAAGCAAUGACCUAUCGUGUCUCUCAUCAUAGCACUUCUGACGACUCCUUUGCGUACCGAGCCCGCGUCGAAGUCGAGGAUUGGAAGCGACGGGAUAACCCCUUGACUCGACUGAGGAAAUGGAUGGAGGCCAAGGGAUGCUGGGACGAGGCGAAGGAGAAGGAAGCUAGAACCAACCUGAGAAAAGACAUCUUAAAGGCCUUUGGUGAAGCAGAAAGGGAGAAGAAGCCACCGAUUGCCUCUAUGUUUGAGGACAUUUAUGAGGAGCUGACUGAAGACCUCAAGGACCAAAAGGAACAGCUGAGGACCAUGUUAGAAAAGUAUCCUGAGGAGUACGAUGUUGGAUCUUUUGAUGGCGGCAUAGACAGCUUGAAAACUAAAUAAGGCAACGAAUUGUUAAUAGAUAUAAAUUUUCUUGUAAAUUUGCGAAUCACUCUAUAUAUUGAAG